GUCAGUUCGCAUCAGUCAUAACAACGUAGCGGAGCGGUUCUCAUGCUCGUAAGAAAUCGUCGACAUGAUCACUUGGUUUUUUCGUGCUUUUGCAUUCCUCGCGUUGUUUUUGUCGCUAGUUCAAGGUCAGCGUCUAUCUAAACGAAAAUGUUCGGAGUUUCGCGAGCAGACGAUUCAGAGGGCGCAAUUCAUCUACCUGCUACCGAAACCCGAUCCGAUUUUGGUGGAGAUAUUCAACUGCUCCAAGACUGUGAACCUUAUUAUCAACGGAGAGGACGCCAAACCGGGAGAGUUUCCUCACCAAGCGUUGAUCGGAUGGAGAUCCAAGACAAACCCUAGGAAGUAUGAUUUCCUGUGUGGUGGUUCACUGAUUAGUGAACGGUUCGUGCUAACUGCAGCUCAUUGCUUUAUACCUGGACGACCGCAAAUCGUGCGACUAGGGGAAAAUGAUCUGACGAACGAUAAUGACAACCAGGAAGACUAUGAGAUUGAAGACUAUACUCUUCACCCAAAGUACAAAUUCUCAGCUUCGUAUCAUGACAUUGCGCUGAUCAAACUGGCAGAAGACGUAACGUUCUCGUUUUUUGUUCGGCCGGCUUGUCUGUGGGAUACAAUGGCAAUGAACGUCACAAAAGUAGUUGCCACCGGAUUUGGGUUCACUGAGGAACUGAAAAUGUCCGACAUACUGCAAAAGGUUCCGCUGGAUCUGUUCGCCAAGGACGAAUGUGUGCAGCAAUACGCCGGUCAGCGAAAGUUCAAGCAGGGCAUCAUCGAUCAGCAGCUUUGCAUUGGUAGCGAACAUGAGGAACGGGACACCUGUCAGGGCGAUUCCGGAGGUCCGGUUCAGGUCAUAACGGAAACCAACGGUUGCAUCCACCAUGUGCUCGCUGUAACCUCAGCGGGAUCAUUUUGCGGAGUUGGACGUUCGCCUGCAGUUUAUACGAGGGUGGCCAGCUACAUCGAUUGGAUCGAAAGCAUCGUUUGGAAAUAGUGACCGACUUUUCGAAAUAUAUAUAAAUUUUAACUCAGA